AUGGAAAAACGUAUAUUAAAAUUUGAAUUUGACGUUGGAUCGACGUCUCAUUCGACAUCGCGAUCCACUCAUGAAGAUAUAGGCAAAGCAAUGACUCUGGUACAACGUGAACGUGGUCGAGAUAUUAAAGAGAAAGAAGAGUUACGCCAUUUGAACGAUCGUUUUUCACAUUUUCUUACCAAUAUUGAACAAUUGAAACGUCUCAAUGAAAAUUUACAACAACAAUUGAAAGAUGAAUUUUCUAAAUGGGGUAUUUUACCACGUGAUGAAAAUAAAUUACGUUCUAUUGUCAUUCAAAUAAAUGAUCGUGCUAUGAAACGUGCCAAUGAUGAAGUGAAAAUACGUGCAUGUGAACAAGAUACAGCUAUUUUAAAUCGUGCAAGUAAUUUAUACGAAAAUGUACAAGAUAUGUAUAGACGGAAACAAGAAAAUUUACAAAAUAUUAUUGAUAAAUUACAAGAAGAAUUACAACGUAUUUUACAACGAGAAAAAUUUUCAGAAGAAGAAAUAUUAUCAACACAAGAUGAUUUAAAUAAAGAAAUAAAGAAAUAUCAAGAAAGAUUAAAUGAUUGGUUAAAAGUUGUUGUCGAAAAGCAAACAUUACUAGAUGAUAUUCAAUCAUUACGUGAAAGUAUGAAUUUAGUAAAUGCAUUAAAUGAUGAAGAAAUUAAUGAAUGGAAACGUUUAUUAGAUCAAAGUAAAGAUGAUUCUAUUUUAUUUUAUAAAGAUGAAUUAACAAAUGCUAUUCGUGAUAUUAAACGUGAUUAUAGUAAACAAGUAAAAAAAUUUCAAGAUGAAUUAGAAUAUCAAAUUGAGGGUCAAUUACGAUUAGUCGAAAAUCAAUUGAAACAACAAUUAUCAUUUGAUGGUGAUGAAAAACAAAAUUCAGAAAAAAAAAAUCGUCUAAUAUUUGAAGAAAGAAAAUUGCAUACAUCAAUAGAAGAAUAUGAUAAAGAACAAAUAAAAUUGAAUAAUUUAAUAAUGUUAUUAUCGGGUAAAAAACGUUUAUUAAGAGAUGAAGAAAUGAAACUGCAUGAAUUAGAACGAAAAAUACGUGAUAAACAAUUACAUGAACGUUUAAUAACUGAUAGAUUAAAAUUAGAAUAUGAAGAUUUAAGACAAAAAUUUGAACAAAUGGCAUUUGAAUUACGUUUUAGUAUUGAAGAUGAAUUAAAAAUCUAUGCAAGGUUAUUAGAUGAAUUAAUGAAAAAAUCAAGUACAACAAUAUCAUCGACUACUACAGCAUUAAGUAGUAGAGGAGCUAAUCCAUCAACAUCAAAUUAUACCUACACAACAUCAUCAAUGAUACGAUCUGGUGGAAUUGAAGGAAGUACGAGUGGUGUACAAAGUAGUCUUCAUAAUGGUAGUACUCCACUAACGACAAGUACAGAUGUAUUUCGUACACGUAGUUCAGACUAUAAUAAUCGUUCAUCAACAGUACCAUUGCCAUCAACAGGAACGAAUGAUUUAUUAUCACAUAAUUAUGAAGGUACAACAGGUGGAUUUAGUGGAUGGUCUGCCAUAGGAGAUGAUUUGACUAGUUUACAUCAUUCAUCAUCCUCAUCAUGGCAUGAUGAACAUCAAGUAGAUGAAAAUUAUCGUUUACCACCUGAAGCUGAGAUCAUUGAAACGUAUGAGGAUAGUGCAGUGAAAUCAAUUACGAAAACAUCGAUUACUUAA